UUCGUUCAGUCUUUUCCUUUGGUCUUUUCGUUAAGUUACAAUCGUAACUCACAUUCUCUAUCAUUUGUCGUCGAUACUUGAUUGUAUCGACAGCCUUUCCUUCCUUGCCACUUCAAUCAGACAUAGUCCUCGCUUGACGCGUAGGAACGUUCUCUACAACAAAAGCCCACACACUCUCUCUUGAUACUAUCAGUCAGGAUGCAGUUCAUCACCCGCUCUCUUUUCCUGCUGAGCGCCCUCGGCGCCGGCACCCUCGCUGUGCCCCAGGGCAACGAGCGUCGCCAGUGGAACUGGGGUGCUUCCUCGACCACUUCCGUCGUUUCCUCCGCCACUUCGUCCACUUCGGCCUCCUCCUCCGACUGGACCGCCACUCCGGCUAGUGGAAGCUACUCCACCUCUGGCUUCGGUGCCAGCACCGCCGCCUACAGCUCCGGCAACACAUAUCAAGGCAACGUCGGCAACCCGUGGGGUAGCAACAUGAUCGAGGUGUCGGCCGACGAGGCUUCCUCGUACGAAUAUGUGAUGCAGAUCUCGGGCCAAAACACUGAAGACUGGACCGUUGUCUUCUGGAACAAGUACGGCCCCGACGGCUCCAUGGAUGGCUGGUACGGUUACUCUGCUCUCAGCCUCACUCUGGCGGCCGGUGAGACCAAGUACGUCGCUUUCAUGGAGAACUCCAAUGGUGGCUUCGGUGCCGCCGCGGGCAGCAGCCUCCCCACCGACAGCUAUGGUGGCUAUGCCUGCACCUGGGGUGAGUUCGACUUUGGCUCCGAUGCCAACAACGGCUGGUCCGGAUUCGAUGUCAGCGCCAUCCAGGCCCAGGAUGCCAGCAUGACCGUCCAGGGCAUGAAGAUCUGCGAUGCUCUGGGCAGUACCUGCUCCUCAAUCACCACCGAUGCUGGUACCGUUGAUAACGCCUACACCUCCGCCGAGAGUGCCGUGGGUGGUAUCGGAGGAAACCUUUCGAGCGGCGCGGUCCGCUUGGCCGUUACCAUCGAUUACAGCGGAUAG